CGGCCAGAGCGGCAGGCAGCAUCCGGGGGGAACGGGGCCGGCGUGGGGGGGCCCCAGGCGGGCUUCCUGGAACCCCGGCUCCGCGGCCGCCUGCACCCUGACACAGGCCGGAUAAGAGCCAGGCUGCUUUAUCCGAGCCCGGCUGGCGGCCGCGCGCCGUCCCCACGGCACCACGAGGAAGAUCGCGGGCAGGGGGUCCUCCGAGGCCAUCUUCCAGCGGCCAGUCCGGACAGGCUGGUCUCCGGAGUCCCGCAGCCGAUGGGAGCCGACGCUCGCUUCAGCGAUAGAGAAAGCCGGGCUGCUUCCAGGAGGACGGCGUGACACGGCCCUGAAUGUCGAGACCUGCUCGAUGGUGACAGCCAUGUCGGUGAGGGUGCGGUUCCUGUCCUCUGGGGACACAGGGGCUGUGGGGGUCAUGGGCCGGAGCGCCUCCUUUGCCGGCUUCAGCAGUGCCCAGAGCCGGAGGAUCGCAAAGUCCGUCCACAGGAACUCAGUGAGGUCUCGAAUACCUGUGAAAUCCUCCAAGAUGUAUGGCACGCUGAGGAAGGGGUCUGUCUGCUCGGAUCCCAAGCCACAGCAAGUGAAGAAGAUCUUUGAAGCACUGAAGAGAGGCCUCAAGGAGUAUCUGUGCGUCCAGCAGGCAGAGCUGGAUUACCUGUCAGGACGCCACAAGGACACCUGCAGGAAUUCCAGGCUGGCUUUCUAUUAUGACCUGGACAAGCAAACACGCUCUGUGGAAAGGCACAUUCGGAAGAUGGAGUUUCACAUCAGCAAGGUGGACGAGCUCUACGAAGGCUACUGCAUCCAGUGCCGCCUGCGCGACGGCGCCUCCAACAUGCAGCGGGCCUUCUCCCGGUGCCCGCCGAGCCGCGCCUCCCGAGAGAGCCUGCAAGAGCUGGGCCGCAGCCUGCAGGAGUGCACCGAGGACAUGUGGCUCAUCGAGGGGGCCCUGGAGGUUCACCUGGGCGAGUUCCACGUCAGGAUGAAAGGCUUGGUGGGCUACGCACGCCUCUGUCCGGGAGACCAGUACGAGGUGCUCCUGCGCCUGGGCCGCCAGCGCUGGAAGCUGAGGGGCCGGAUCGAGUCUGACGACAGCCAGACCUGGGACGAGGAGGAGAAGGCCUUCAUCCCCACCCUGCACGAGAACUUCGAGAUCAAGGUGACAGAGCUUCGGGGCCUGAGCUCGCUGGCGGUGGGCACAGUGACCUGCGACAUCACCGACUUCUUCACAACCCGGCCGCAGGUCAUCGUGGUGGACAUCACAGAGCUGGGCACCAUCAAGCUGCAGCUGGAGGUGCUGUGGAAUGUCCUCCAGCCAUCGAUGACACCCUGGCCUCUGCUCUCCUCCAGCCCGUUUGAUACCGAGAGCUUCCUGGUGUCGCCCAGCUCCACGGGCAAGUUCUCCGUGGGCAGCAGGAAGGGCUUCUUGUACAACUGGACACCCCCGAGCACGCCCAGCUUCCGGGAGAGAUACUACCUGCAGCCAGCACAGCAAGCCUUGCUGCUGGACAGGCCGAGGGCCGCCUCCAUCCUCAGCUGCCUGUCCGACGGUGACCUUCGGGGCCCUGGCCUGCGGAGCCGGAGUCAGGAGCUGCCUGAGAUGGACUCCUUUAGCUCCGAGGACCCCCGAGACACUGAGACCAGCACAACGGCAUCCACCUCGGACGUGGGCUUCCUGCCCUUGGCCGUUGGCCCCAACACCUCCAUUGAAGAGGGGGCCCAGGAGGACCCCCCGCCCCUGGGCCUCCUGCCAGAGGUGUUCCACCUGGCGGAAGGCUCGUUUGUGGAGCAGCCUGGGUGGAGAAAUUUGGGAGUAGAAAGCCUCGACCUGCCGCGGGGCUCCCCCUUCCACAACCACGUGAUCCCCGGAGGCCAGGAAGGCCACCAUGAGGCAGAAACCGAGGAUGGAGUGGAUGGGCCCGGGGUGCCCCUCGAGAGGCCCCUGAAGGAUGUCCUGGAUUUACUGAGGUCCACGGACUCUGCCCCGCCCCAGCUCCGGGAGCUGGAGUACCAGGUCCUCAGCUUCAGGGACCGGCUGAAGCCCCGCGGAGCCCGCCGGGAGCACGCGUCCGCCGAGAGCCUGAUGGAGUACAUCCUGGAGAGCUUCUCCUUCCUCAGCGCCCACAUCGCCCCACACGAGCUGGCCCUGUUUGGGGGCUCCCAGGGUCCCCGAAAGGACAAGACUCCACCUCCACCGCCAUCACUGAAAGCGUCGUCCAGGGAGCUUACGGCUGGUGCCCCAGAGCUGGACGUGCUGCUCAUGGUUCACCUCCGAAUCUGCAAAGUGCUGCUGCAGAAACUGGACUCUCCUAAUUUGUCGAAGAUGGUCCAGGAAUGCCUUCUGGAAGAAGCUGCACAGCAAAAACAGAUUCUGGAGACGCUUUCUGUGCUCGAUUUUGAGAAGGUCAGCAAGGCGACAUCCAUUGAAGAGAUCAUCCCGCAGGCCACGCGGAGGAAGGGGUGCCUGAAGCUGUGGAGAGGCUGCACGGAGCCCGGCGCGGUCCUGUCCUGCCCUGGUGCGGUGCUGCUGGACCAGCUCAAGAAGACGUUCCUGCACAGAGUCAGAGGGAAAUACCCGGGACAACUGGAAAUAGCGUGCCGCAGGCUCCUGGAGCAGGUGGUCAGCUGCGGCGGGCUGCUGCCCGGAGCCGGGCUCCCUGAAGAACAGACCAUCACCUGGUUCCAGUUUCACAGCUACCUGCGGAGGCAGAGUGUCUCCGACCUGGCGAAGCACUUCGCUCAGCUCACCAAGGAAGUAACACUCUUCGAGGAGCUGCAGUGCAUGGGCCAGGCCAAGACAGUCAGGAAACUGCAGGGGAAGCGGCUGGGCCAGCUCCAGCCCCUGCCCCAGACGUUGAGGGCCUGGGCGCUGCUCCAGCUGGACGGGACCCCACGGGUGUGCAGGGCGGCCAGUGCUCGCUUGGCCAGCGCAGCCAGGAACAAGAGCUUUCGGGAAAAGGCUUUGCUCUUCUACACCAACGCCCUGACCGAGAAUGAUGCAAAACUCCAGGAAGCUGCGUGCGUGGCGCUAAAACAUCUCAGGGGCAUCGAAAGCAUUGAUCAGAUUGCCCGCCUGUGCCAGUCUGACCUGGAGGCCGUGCGCGCGGCAGCCCGGGAAGCCACGCUGUCAUUUGGUGAAAAAGGACGCUUAGCUUUUGAGAAGAUGGACAAACUUUGCUCAGAACAAAGAGACGAAGCCUUUGGCCAGGAGGCAGACGUUGAAAUCACAGUAUUUUAAAAAGCCUCAGCUAAUGAGCCCAAAUCUGGCAUCUUUGUUUUUGCUGCUGCCCGGCUUCGACACAGGGAGGGCUUCGGUGGAGGUACACGGCGCGCUCUCCCAGAAGCGUGAACUGGCCAGAGCUGCUCCCGGACUCUGGGCCAGUUACGAAGCCCCAGGGCACAAGUGGGACUUCUGUACAGGAGCAGAACAAGGGGCUGAACGGCACUUUAGGGGCUGCACUUCAGUCAAUCAGCCUUUGGCUUUGAGAAUCUGCCUGACCUUCCCCGGGGGCAGAGCCGGGUCAGUGCCAGCCAGCCACGCCACGAAGGGGCCAAGGCCAGGCAGGCGGAGGCCUGGAAUCAGCAGGUCAGCUGGCUCAGCACUUCUGGUUCACUAAAGACUGGGAUCGAGGAGGCGAGCAGACCGAGCGUCCCUGCUGAGGACAGUACUCGGGUCAUUUCCACGGCAGCAGGCUGUCACCGUGGGGAGGGCAGAACCAGGGUUUCAACGGUUCGCCCCCUCAGCCCGAGCUGCAGCCCAAACGCCACAGGGGAGCCGGCUGGUGGCCUGCUGACCGCGGGCCUUAUUUUCACUGUGGUUCAACAGCACAAAGGCAACAAGAACAUGCCGUCAGCCGAAAAGUCUUGAGUGCCACCUGCUUUGACCUCACUCAUCAGAAUGGAAUCCAUUUUCUGAAGCAAGUCAACUUAGGGCUUAUUAAAUAAAUUGCUUCAGAAGCCAUAAGCUAGUUUGAAGAAAGAUUUUACUGAACAUCAUGUUUAAAGAAAGAAAAUUAAUUUUCUAUUUAAGUCUAUAAAAAAAACCCAAAUGUGUCCUGGGCUGUUUCUGAGUUAAGAGUGUAGAGGUACCCUGGGGUCUGGAUGUGGUAUCAACAAUGGCAUUGGAAGGCUCUGUAACUUAAACAUGCUCAUUUACAUUUCCUGUAUGUAUUUUGUGCUUUUCGGUUUAACUCAGUAUUUAUUUGCCUUGUCCAUAUGUUGUUUUCUGAAAUUUCAAUUAAAAUAACUUUUUAUUGGUGUUUCACUCUACCUGAAAAAAGUGGAGGGUAGUGGUUGUUUUCUGGAAUAUCCUGAGGGAAGAAGCCACCCCUCCUGUCCCUCAGUGCUCUCUCUCCAACGUGACAUAGAUGCAGG